AAUAAAUCGAUCAGCGGCAAAAUGAAAUCCAUGGUAACUAGGCGGAUUUUAAAUCAAAUUUACAAAAAUUCAGAUGCAAUUAAUAUAAGGUCGUCAAUUAAACAAACACGGAAAUUUUGUUUUGUCUCCAAAAACACCGAUCUCGAAAACGCUAGCUUCCAACAUGAAAAUUAUAGGCAAAGGGGUGAAAACCUUCACACCGAUGAAGUAUUAUUUGAAAUGUUCAAAAACAAAGAAACCGGACUUUUAUCUAUCGGAAAAUUUCUCAAUGCAUUACGAGCUACGGGGUUAAGGAAAACCGAUCCAAGAUUAAAAGAAUUUGCUGGCAUUUUAAAGACCAUGGCGAAAGGCAAUACUGAUGGAUACUCCGUUGAUGUACAAAAAUUAAAUUUAAAUGAUUUCAAAAGCAUUAUAACACCGAAUAUUGGACUAAUAUCAAGAGCUUUCAGAAGACAGUUCAUUAUACCCGAAUUUCAAGAGUUCUGUAAACAAAUUGAGGAAAUUUAUUGGAAAUGCAAAGAAAACACAAAUGGAAAAGUAGCUUCCUACAUACCUCAACUAAAAAGAAUGAGUCCAAAUUACUGGGGAGUGAGUAUAUGUACCAUAGACGGGCAAAGAUUCUCGAUAGGAGAUGUUUCAAUACCAUUCACAAUACAAUCCUGUAGUAAACCUUUAACCUAUGGGAUCGCUCUGGAUCUGCUAGGAUCGGAUGUGGUUCAUAAAUAUGUGGGCCAGGAGCCUAGUGGAAGGAAUUUUAAUGAGCUUAUUCUGGAUCACAAUAAAAAACCUCAUAAUCCUAUGAUAAAUGCUGGUGCUAUAAUUAUAUGUUCCCUUAUUAAAACUAUAGCCAGAGCUGAAAUGAGUUUGGCGGAAAAAUUCGAUUAUACAAUGAAUUAUUUUGAGCGACUAGCAGGAAAUGAUGAUUUGGGAUUUAAUAACGCCGUUUUCCUCUCCGAACGGGAAUGCGCUGAUAGAAAUUAUGCUUUAGGAUUUUAUAUGAAAGAGCAUAAAUGUUAUCCGGAGAAUUGCACAUUUAAGGAAUGCAUGGAUUUCUAUUUUCAGUGUUGCUCACUAGAAGCAACUUGUGAUCAAGUAUCAGUAAUGGGCUCAACAUUAGCCAAUGGAGGAAUAUGUCCCUUGUCAGAAGAAAAAGUAUUAAAACCAGAGAGUGUGCGAGAUGUUCUUUCUUUGAUGCAUAGUUGUGGAAUGUAUGAUUAUUCGGGACAAUUUGCUUUCAAAGUAGGAGUCCCAACCAAAUCCGGUGUAAGUGGUGCUUUAUUAGUAGUUAUUCCAAAUGUUAUGGGAAUAUGUCUAUGGUCGCCUCCUUUGGAUGCUUUAGGGAACAGCUGUAGAGGAGUUCAAUUUUGCGAGGAGCUCAUAAAGAAAUUUAAUUUUCAUCUUUACGAUAACUUGAAGCAUGCAGCGAAUAAAGUUGAUCCAAGAAAGCACAAAUUCGAAACUAAAGGUUUAAACGUUGUUAAUUUAUUGUUUUCGGCGGCUGCUGGAGAUUUACCGGGUUUAAGAAGGCAUAUGUUAAAUGGAAUGGACAUGAGUCUCCCCGACUAUGAUGGUAGAACAGCAUUACAUUUGGCAGCGGCAGAAGGUCACGUCAAUUGCGUCGAUUUUCUUCUAAAACAAUGCCAAGUACCAUAUGAUAUUAGAGAUAGAUGGGGAAAAACGCCUCUUGAAGAAGCUCUUACAUUUGGCCAUACGGCAGUUAUAGAAUUGCUUCAGCUAUGGGACGAACAAGCCACAAGAAGUAUACCAGCAGAAGAGGAUCCUCCUAUACCAGGAAUGGGGUAGAAUGUAUUAUUAAAAAGUCUAGUCAAUUAGUUAGGUAAUAAUUUAUUUAGUUCGCUGUUGCCUGUUGCGAUCUGGAUAUAAUAAUGGUUAAACCAUGCAAUUUUUUUCUGUUGGGAUUCUUUGCUCCAAUAUUUUUAAACUUUCUGACGCUUAAUCCCCACACCUCGAUAAAGUACAAAUAGUUUCUGAAGAAUUAUUGUUAUUGGGCCUAUUCGGGUUUGGGAAAAUGACGGUUCUAGAACGGUUCAAAACAAUCGCACAGUUUAUUAUUGAAAUUUGUGAUAGCCGAGUUGUUGUCAUUUUAUUGAUUGAUAAACUGUUCGAUUGUUUUGAACCGUUUUAGAACCGUCCUUUUUCAAACCCGAAUAGGCCUUAUAUUAUGUGUAAUUUGUGAUAUUAUUUAAAUUAUUUGUCAAUAUUUGAAAUUUGUGUCGUUAUGUCUCGAUUUUUAAGUAUGAUAUUUAUUAUUAGUGAACACAUGACAAUAAAAUUUUUUGCAA